AUGUCAGAAGGGUCUUUCUCGGACUUUACAGACUCAGAUGCAGACUAUCAACCUGAACAGCCUCCGAGAAGAGUCUACGGGGGUCCAGAGAAAGACUUCCCAAAGCCGCCAGACGCCCUCAAUGAGAUCGGCAUCAUUGAGCUUUUGGAGCAGGACAGCCGUCCGACGUUCAUCAUUGACAUCAAUGCCCCAGAGCAGGAGGUCAACGGACGCUUGACUUUCGUCCCCGUCUAUUGCAACAAGAGCCUUCGGUUUUUCGACUCGAUCAGGAACGUCGUUUGCGCCGAGACUUUCUAUCCGAAGGUUUCCCAACCCAUGCCGCAGCAGGUGUCAGUAGCAGCAACCGAGCGGAAAUUCAAGGAGUGGGUGAUGACUAUGCCCAAUUUCGAUGGAUCAAAGGAUGGCUAUCUCCCUCGACACCAGUUUCUCGGCAUGUACUGGUCUAGCGCGACGUUGCGUCAGCAAUGGAGGGUGGUAAGCGCCUCUCAGGUCCCAUUCCAGAGAAAGAAAGCCCACGGAGCGCCUUGCAUGACCCGUUCGCGGUCAAGUUCAAGAUCCUCGGCGUAUUCUAAAGCCAAACCGAGCUUCUAUACCGAACGCUCUCUUUCAGAUGAACGCUCUCCUUCAGAGUAUUCGAUGAUCGACGAUGAGUCGGAACUGUCGAAGCAGCUGGCCGACAGUGAGUCGAAGUUCAAGGUCCUCACAGAACUGAAUCCUGUUGGGAUGUACUAUAUUUCCCCCGACGGAGACAUUCUAUAUUGUAAUCCUGAAUGUAAGAACACUAUCAUCGCAGGACGAAUGAAGCUGUCUCUGAUUAUUCUAGGGUACGAGAUUACCGGACACCCACGUGGUCUUGAAGGGGAGAUGACUUUCAUGAACUUUAUUGCGGAGAUCGAUCAUCCGGUCAUCGCCAGGGAAUGGGAAUUACUCACUACAGUACGCGGAAAGAGAAUAUUCGAACUCCGUCUAAGGAAGCCCUGGAUUGAUGAAAGUGGAAACGCUCGGCAGAAAUGGAUCAUAGCAUCGUGCGACCAAGAAUUUGAUACUGAUGGAACCACCAUCAAGACCAUCAUGGGCUGCAUAACGGACAUCAGUGCCCAAAAGCAUGCUCAAGAGGAACUUUUGAUCCGCGCCAACCUCACUCAAGAGCUUGCCAAUACGACCCAAGAAGCGGCCCACCAUGCCGAAAAGUUCCAACUUAUGGCAGAACUGGCUCCUUGUGGAAUGUUCACACUCGAUCCUGAAGGGACGAUAACGUGGGCUAACUCUCAAUGUUACGAGAUGACUGGACACUCAAGAGACCCUGAUGCUCACUUCCCAAUGUCCAUUCUCAGUUGCAUCGAGCAUCAAGAUCGUGAAGCUUUUAAAGACGAAUGGAAGAAGUUGACACUGACCAAAGAGGAAGUGUCUAUGGAGUUGCGCCUCAAGAGACCAUGGAUUCAACAAGAAAGCAAUGAUUCUGUCGAGUCUGUGCGAGAUACACGAUGGAUUUUGUUUCUCGCUGUUCCUCAGCUAGAUGACGACGGAAUUCUCACCAGUGUACUUGGCUGCACUACUGAUAUCUCCGGAUUCAAGUUUGCAGAGCAUAUACAGAUGUUCUAUACAUCCGUGAUGUUCGAGUAUUUCGCUGACCAAUCCUUGAGGCACGAGAUGCGUAAUCCCCUUAGUGCAAUUAUGCUAAGUGCUGAUGGUAUCGCAAACUCGAUCAUCGGCUACCAGGCUCAAGGAGGAAGGACUCCAGUGAUAUCCCAGGAGUUACUUGAAGGCAAUCUUGAAGCUGCUCAGACCAUCGUUCUUUGUGCUCAGCAUCAGAAAAGAAUCAUUGACGACGUCUUGACUACGUCCAAAUUGAAUUCUUCUCUCCUCCAUGUUACGCCCGUUUCGGUUCAUGUCGAAACUACCGUCCGAAGAACCUUGAAGAUGUUUGAGAGGGAACUGGUCGCGGACAAUAUUCAGAUGUCCUUCGAUGUUGAGCCCUCCUACCACGCCGUGAACGUCGAUUUCGUUUUUUGCGAUCCUGUCCGGGUGACCCAGAUAUUCAUCAAUCUACUAACCAAUGCUAUUAAGUUCACUCGGUCCGAGCCAUUGAGAUCGAUUUCUGUAAGCCUUGGUGCGUCUGUCAUUGAGCCUCCGAAGGAUGCCGUACCGGGAAUCCGUUGGUUCCCGUCAAAGGACUCAAGCUCUGUGCAAGACUUGACUCUCCGACCUGAUUGGGGAACUGGGCAGCAAAUUUACCUUUACUUCACUGUGAAGGAUACUGGGAGGGGACUCAGCGAGCAAGAAAAAAACCGACUAUUUCACCGAUUCAGUCAGGCCAGUCCCAAGACACACAUCAAAUAUGGUGGCUCGGGGCUGGGCCUGUUCAUCUCUAGAGAGUUAACCGAGCUUCAAGGUGGCGAGAUCGGAGUAGAUUCAACCGAGGGCGCGGGCAGCACAUUCGCUUUCUAUAUCAAGGCUCGUAGAUCGGUUGAUCUGACUACGAAUCCCUUGAAUGUUUCUACGUCUAAGUUGGAUCUUAGUAAAACUGAUGGGAGCACAUCUCCACGCACGUCCAAAUUCGAACGGAAGUACCACAUUCUACUCGUAGAAGACAAUCUUGUAAACCAAAAAGUACUCAGCAAGCAGCUUCGAAAUGCCGGCUGCGUCGUGCAUAUCGCCAACCACGGCGUAGAGGCCCUCGAUUUCCUUGCGAGGACCUCACUUUGGACCGACUGCAGCAAAUCGGGUAUCGGCAUCAUCUUGACUCUCGUACUCAUGGACCUCGAAAUGCCGGUGAUGGAUGGACUCCAGUGUACUCGUCGCAUUCGUGACUUGGAGCGAGAGGGCAAGGUUGACGGCCACGUCCCGAUUAUCGCCGUCUCUGCGAAUACCCGCGUCGAGCAACUGGACAUGGCCAUCCAGGCCGGGAUGGAUGAUGUCGUCGCCAAACCUUUCCAGAUCCCCGAACUGAUGCAGAAGAUGGAUCGACUCCUGGCGACGAGGCUCGAGUCGCUACAAAGGCCAUGA